AUGGAAUUGGAAAAUAUGGCAUAACCAUCUUUUAUUUUAAAUUAGUUGAAAUAGAAUUAAUAACCUGUAUCAAAGAGCUAAAAAUUAGAAUUGGAUAUAAAAUAAAGCAAUCGCUUUUCUUUACCUUCUAGCAAUUAAAAUAUUAAAGCAUAAAAUUCCUAUAUUUAUUGUAUAAGAUAUUUGAGCAUGUCUAAGAGAUUUAAAAUUGAACAUCUAAAGGAUUCAAAUUUUGUAGAGGCCAUAUAAAAUAUUUAAAAUCUAAAUGGAAGAGUUAAGGUUAUGGGAACUAUCUUUAAAAUUAUGAAAUUGAAACCUUAUUAUUUUUAAUAAUAUACAGAAAUAAAAAUAGCGGGUAUUCUAGAAUGUUUAUUUAGAUUCUAUAUAAAAUGAAGAAAUAUGUUAUUUAGAGGAUAAAUCAGGCAGAAUUAAAUUAGAAUUUACAAAUUGUUAACUUAAUCUACCAAAUAAUACUUCGAAAACAAUAAAAGUUGAAGACUUAAUAACAGGAAUAGUUGUUAUGAUAGAAGGAUAAAUUGUUGGGAAUAAUAUAGUAAAUGUAUAAUGCAUUAAUUUGCCUGAUUUUAUUGAUCCUCCUAUUUAUAAACCUUUAAAUUAAACAACAUAUGUUUGUUUGAUGUCUGGAUUAAAUUAUGAUUUAGAAAAUAAUACUACAAAAUUGAGACAUUUGAUAUAAUAUUUAUAAGGAAAUUUGUAUUUUGGUUAUGGAAAUGAAGUAAUUAUAAUAAUUAUUUCAGGUUUCGUCAAAUAUAUCAUUAAUAAUAAUUGCAGGUAAUUUAUAUGGAAAAUAAAGAGAUGCAAAAAGUUGUUUGACAGGAUCUAUAAAAUAGCUAUAAGAUUUUAAGCAACUUUAUAAUUAAUUACAAGAAAAUAUUAAGGGAGUAGAUGAAUUACUUAAUGAAUUAGCUAAUAUUAUUCCAGUUGCUAUAAUGCCUGGAUAAAAUGAACCAGUAUCAUAAAUGUUUCCAUAAUCACCUUUGCAAAGAGCUCAUUUUGGAGAGAGUUUUGAAAACAAUACUAAAAUAAAAUUUUUAACAAAUCCUUCAGAAUUUAAUUUGGGAAACAUUCAUUUUGUUGGAACAAGUGGAUAAAAUAUUUAGGAUAUUAAAAAAUAAUAAAAUAUAAAAGAUUAGUAAGAUAUAGAUUUAAUUGAAAUGAAUUUAUUUUAUGGACAUUUAGCACCUACAUUACAUGAUACUUUAAUGUAAUAUAAGAAUAUAUUAUUUAGUUAAUAAUAAUAAUUUACAAAUGAUCCAUUUAUUAUUGAAUAAUUACCAAAUAUCUAUUUUGUUGGUAAUAUGAAAAAGUUUGGAACAAAGAGAUUAUCAAAUAAUUUAAGAAUUAUUAGUAUUCCUUAAUUUUCUGAAAGUGGUAUAAUUUGUUUAGUGAAUUUAAGUACAUUUGAAUGUUUUUCUUUUGAAAUCUAAUGA